AUGACCACAAGCAUCCCACUUCAAUCGUCAGCCUUAUCCAGGGACCUCACCCUGCCAAGCCCAGCUGGCGUCGGUGCAUCGCCGCCUACAACGCCCCGCCUCGUCUACGGCACGGCCUGGAAAAUGGAGCGCACCGCAGACCUGGUCCACGAGGCCCUCGGGGCCGGGUUCCGCGGCAUCGACACGGCCGCCCAGCCGCGCCACUACCGCGAGGAUCUGGUCGGACAAGGGCUGCGGCGCGCCGUGGCCGACGGCAUCGUGGCCCGCAGCCAGGUAUUCCUGCAGACAAAGUUCAGCCCCGUGGGAGCGCAGGACCGCGACAAUAUGCCAUAUGAUGCGCGGGCGCCAUUGCAGGAGCAGGUCCGGGUCUCCAUUGAGUCGUCGCUGCGCAACUUGGGUGUACCGUCGUCGUCGUCGUCGUCAUCAGAGGGAGCCGACGAGGAGAGCUAUCUGGACAGCGUGGUUCUGCACUCGCCCCUGCCCAGCAUGGAGGAGACGGUCGUGGUCUGGAAGGCCCUGUCGAAAUGGGUACCGUCGCGGGUCCGGGCGCUGGGCAUCUCCAACGCACCCGUCGAGAUUGUGGAAUACCUGCUCGAGGCCCCCGACAUCAAAGUCAAGCCCAGCGUCGUGCAGAACCGCUUCCACGAGCGCACGGGCUGGGAGAUGGAUCUCCGCGCCCUAUGCCGCCACCACGGCGUCAUCUUUCAGUCCUUUUGGACUCUGUCGGGUAAUCCGCAACUCCGUUACCGUGAGCCCACUGUUCAAACCAUUGCGCGCUCUGCGGGUGUCGAAGCCGAGGUUGCGCUCUACGCCCUGGUGCUGGGACUCGAAGGGACUACUAUCCUCGAUGGCACGACUAGUGGGGAGCACAUGCGGGCAGACCUCGACGGAAUCGAAAAGGUUGGCCGCUGGGCAGAUUCCGAGGGUAAAGAGACGUGGGACAAGGCGCUGAUGGAUUUCAAGGCUGUCAUUGGAGAAAGGACUUAA